AUGAUGCAGGCUCGCUACUCCGUCUCGGACCCCAACGCUUUGGGAGUGGUGCCGUAUUUAAGCGAGCAGAAUUACUACCGGGCUGCCGGGACCUACGGCGGCAUGGGCAACCCCAUGAGCGUCUAUUCGGGCCACGCCGAGCAGUACGCGGCGGGCAUGGGGCGCUCCUACGGCCCCUACCACCCGCACCAACCCACCGCCCCCAAGGACCUGGUGAAGCCACCUUACAGCUACAUCGCCCUCAUCACCAUGGCCAUCCAGAACGCCCCCGACAAGAAGAUCACGCUCAAUGGGAUUUACCAGUUCAUCAUGGACCGCUUCCCUUUCUACCGAGAGAACAAGCAGGGCUGGCAGAAUAGCAUCCGCCACAACCUCUCGCUCAACGAGUGCUUCGUCAAGGUGCCCCGCGACGACAAGAAACCGGGCAAGGGCAGCUACUGGACCCUGGACCCCGAUUCCUACAACAUGUUCGAGAACGGCAGCUUCCUGCGCCGCCGGAGACGCUUCAAGAAGAAGGACGUGUCCAAGGAGAAGGAGGAGGCCCGGGAGCGGCUGCUGAAGGAGCAGCCCAAGCCCCCCGGGCUGCCCGGCGCCGACCUCCCCAAGGAAGCCUCUUCCUCCUCUUCCUCUUCCUCCGCCUCGGCGCCGGCCUCCGAGAAGAAAGUGGUGAUCAAGAGCGAGACGGCUUCUCCCGAGCUGCCCGUGAUCACCAAGGUGGAGACGCUGAGCCCGGCGAGCGGCGGGGCCGUGCGGGACAGCCCCCGCAGCGCCGCCUCGCCGCCCGCCGCCGCCGCCUCUCCGGACGCGGCGCUGCCCGAGCAUCACCCUGCGGGCAACGGGCUGCCGGGCUUCAGCGUGGAGAGCAUCAUGACCCUGCGGACUUCCCCCGCGGCCGAGCUGAGCCCGGUGAGCGCCGCCUCGGGCCGCACGGGCGGCGGGCUGGCGCUGGGCUACCCCGCGGGGCAGCCGUCGGGCUACGGCGCGGCUUGCGGCCAGGCGCUGGACACUAGUGGGAGCUACCACUGCAGCAUGCGGGCCAUGAGCCUCUACAGCGGCGACAGAACCGCGCACAUGUGCGCCCCGCUGGAGGACGGCAUGGCCGAGCAUCCCCCGUCACCGCUGGGCACGCUGAGCCUGCCCGCGGGGCAGGACGGAGCGCUGGGCACCGCGCAUCCCCACGGAGGAGGAGGAGGAGGAGGAGGAAGCGGAGGGGCGGCGGCUGCAGCAGCGGGGGGACAACCUGCGGCUUCUUGGUACCUGAACCACGGCGCUGAGCUGAGCCACCUGCCCGGGCACACGUUCGGCUCUCAGCAGCAGACUUUUCCCAACGUGCGGGAAAUGUUCACGUCGCACCGGCUGGGCAUGGAGAGCGCGGCGCUGAGCGAGCACCAGGUGAGCAGCAACUCCGCCUGUCAGAUCCCCUACAGAUCCGCGCCCUCCCUAUACCGCCACGCCGCCCCCUACUCCUACGACUGCACUAAGUACUGA